UCUAGGCAGACGCUUUUACCGUCUGAGCCACCAGGGAAGUCGCAUGCAUGGAGAAAAGAUGCUGAACGGAAGGAUUACAGAUGGAGGUGAAAAGAUCCACAGACGAAGUCGGUGUAGGGUAUGAUGAGUCUAAGGUUUCUGAGGGCAGGUAGCAAGAAAGGGGUGAAUUGAUCUGAGAAGGAAAGUUGGAAGCACCCAGGUUUUUAUGCGAGAUUCUUCCACUUCACGGCCACUCAGGGGCACAGCAAACUCAAUCCCGCCAGGUUCCUACAGACCACACCCUCGAGCGCGGGAGCCUCGCAGGAGUCCUCCCUAACACAAAAGCCUCUGGGUAGACGAGGGUCGGAAAUACAGGAGAGCACCAGAGAUUGGUCGCCGCACUUACGACCCUUUUGGGUACAUGCGGGGACGCGCUUUCCUAAGCGGCUGCUGGACCCUCUGGGUCUGGCUGAUUAGAAAACUCAUGGCUUAAACUGAUUCUCUAGCCGCCUCCACCCAUUCUGACCAGGCAGUUUUUCCUAUCUGUGAUAGCAGAAUGGGCAGCCGGGGUUCUCGCCUGGCGCGUUUCCGGGGGCACCAUAGAGAGGUGGUCCUCCGCCUGCCCAGUCCGCCGUCUCCCGCGUGUGAGCGUGCCUACGUCAUUUUCGGUUGCCUCCGACUGGAUGAGGAGCGCCGGCUUCUGAGGAGAACGCCGCCGGGUCGCGCACACCCGGAGGCAGGCGAUAAGCGUGGAGUGGUCUGAAUUUGAACGCUGAGUCUCGAAGGGCAGUGGGGGCCCGCAGUCUGGUUCUUUCCCCACUGCCUUCGGAGGGCAGCUGUGAGUUCAGGGAGCGCCUGAGAGAAGGAAACAAGGCUUCUCUGAGAGCCUGAGGAAGGAGAGCAGAGUUGGGGACAGCUUUGAAUCACCAGCGUAGCUUGGAGGCAGGUCCGCAGGUGCGUCCCCUGCUCCUCGGCUCUGAACUGGCGCAUCCACACCAACCGGCAGCGCGUUAAGAUGGCAGGCAGUGCCACUACUAAUCCCUUGCAGACACUUCAGGAGGAAGCCGUGUGUGCCAUCUGCCUGGACUACUUCCAGGAUCCCGUGUCCAUCGGCUGUGGUCAUAACUUUUGCCGAGGGUGUGUGACCCAGCUGUGGGGCAAGGAAGAUAAUGAGCAAGACAGGGAGGAAGAGGAAGAUGAAUGGGAGGAGGACGAGGACGACGACGAGGCAGUAGGGGCCAUCGGUGGAUGGGGCAACUCCAUUCGGGAGGUUUUAUACCAGGGGGAUGCUGACGAGGAGUUGUUCCAGGACCAAGAGGAUGAUGAACCCUGGGUCGGUGACGGUGGCAUAAGGGACAGAAUGGAUUAUGUGUGGGACCAAGAAGAAGAGGAGGAAGAUACGGACUACCACCUGGGAGGCUUGAGACAUGACCUGAGAAUUAACGUCUACCUGCAAGAGGAGGAGAUUUUGGAAGAAUACGAUGAGGAGGACCAAGAGCUGUACCCUGACACUCACCUGGCCCCGCCUCCAGCCCCUCCACGGCAGUUCACUUGCCCCCAAUGCCGAAAGAGCUUUAAGCGUCGCAGCUUUCGUCCCAACUUGCAGCUGGCGAACAUGGUCCAGAUAAUUCGCCAGAUGUGUCCCACUCCUAAUCGAGAGAGCCGGGUGAAUGAUCAGGGCAUCUGCUCCAAACACCAGGAAGCUCUGAAACUCUACUGUGAGGUGGACAAAGAGGCCAUCUGUGUGAUAUGUCGAGAAUCCAGGAGCCACAAACAGCAUAGUGUGGUGCCAUUAGAUGAAGUGGUACAUGAGUACAAGGUUCAGCUGUUGACUGCUGUAUCACAAGUCAGACUGUUUAAACUUGCUCCUCUCUACUGUGGCUGUACCCUGGACCUUUUCUUCACACAGACUUGCUACAAACCUGAAAUCCUGAACUCCAAUUGUACCAUGAAUUUAGCUCUUUGCAUUCUAGUACAGUUAAACACACUCCAGUUAUACAUGCCCUUCAUCUUUAUGGAGGCCACUGUUCCACUGACUCCUAAUUUUUUCCUUUCCCCAUUUAUCAGACAUUUGCUAGCCUUACUUACUAUCCUUCUGACCCUGUACCUCAAGAUUAGUCUUGGCACAAAGAACUGAUCCAUGUUGUGUUCUAGACCAGGGUUUCUCAACCUCAGCACUCUUGUCAUUUUGAAUGAGAUAAUUCUUUGCUUUGGGGGGUGGGAUAUAGUCUAUGCAUUUGAGGAUGCUUAGCAGCAUCUGUGGAUCCCACCUACUAGAUGUAUGGAGCACUCCUCCACCAGUUGUGACAACCAUAAAUGUCUCAGAUGUUGCCAGAUGUCUUGGAGGGAGUGGUGCAAAAGUAUCCUUGGUUAAGAACCACUGCUUUAGUCUCGGAAAAGUUAGUCCUAUCUGCAGACCUGCCAUUACUGGCCUCACUUAGGCCGUAUAGUCAGUACCUGGCAAGGAGGUUUAAAAGUGUUCGGGGAAGAAUAGCCUCACCCAGCUGGAAUUUUAUUAAAUGCAGUCAUAGCAUCAAUGGAUUAACUAAGACCCCUACUUCUCCCAGUUCUUGGCAUACAGGUAACAGGGUCAACAGGCCUUUUUUUAAACUGAGUUGCCUAUAUAACUGCCAUCAAGGACUAAGAUAAAGCAGUAUAUGAAAUAAGAUCUAGAAACAAUGAAUAAUAAAAGGCAAUCACUUCAGCUAUUCCUUAGUUUUAGCAGAGCCAUACGGCAGUAUUUAAGUAUUCAGAACUAAGACCAGAGCCUCUGUUCCUGUCAGAGAGGGAGUAGCCCUGGACUGAUCCAUCAGCCCUUAAAGCACUUCUUUAAAACCUAAGGUUCCUCUGCCAUUGGCCAUCAACCUCUGGUCCCUGUGCCAUGCCUCCUGAAGCCUUUAUAGGACCUAGAGAUUCUGUGCUGUUUCCCACCCCUUAUCCCUGACCCCCUUUGGAAGCUAUCCUAUAACAGUAAAAUUAUCACAUAUUUAUUGACCAAUAAAUUUGGGUUACAAAGAGGAGGCAGGGACAGUAGCCCUCUAUACCAGCUCUAAGGACUUUCUGCAAUGAUGGAAGUAUUCUAAAUCUGUGCUAUGCAAUAUGGUACAGGUACCACUGACUACAUAGGACUUCUGAGCUCUUGCAAUGUGAUUAGUACAACUCAUUUAUUUUAAAUAGUCACAUAUGGCUUGUGGUGGUUUAGUCGCUAAGUCGUGUCUGACUCUUGU